AUGACGGUAUCUCGAAGAAGCACUACGUCUCUCCAAGUUCAAGCCCGCAAGAGUAACCACUUCCCCGAAACCGAAUCGUCCCUUCCAAAUCUUCCCCGCACAUCAACAAGCUCCCUCUUAGACAACGUUCUCUCACACCUCGGACCACAUAAUCCAUUUCCUAAAGCGAUAUCGGAAGAUGAUACUGUAUGGUUGUUGGAUAACACGGCGUAUAGGAACAAUUUAACGGGGAAAUGGGAAGCGGAAUUUGUGGCAGCAGUUUGGGAGACAGAAAGUGGAAACCAUAUCCCUGAAAUCGUGGGAGAUAUAGUUGGAAGGAUUGGGGGCGAUGGUGAUAGAGGGGAGGAUGAAGUUGUGGAGGAGAGACUGAGACCAUUUUUAAUGCAUGUUAGGUCUGGGAGGGUUGUUGAUAUCAAUUCCUCCGGACAUGGAAAGUCUGCCGAAUUGAAAUUGGGGCCAGGUGGAAGGGAAGGGAUCAGCAGUGAUAUUCGAAAAUUGAAGGAUAACAAAGAUGGUGAAGUGACAACAUGGAACGCGAAAGUACCGAAUGGAACAGAGGGAAUAUUGGAAAUGAAAACGGUUUAUGCAGAGCCUGAGGGAUGGGGAGUUAUUUCUGAUAUUGACGAUUCAAUCAAAAUAACUCAAACCAGCUCUCCAAUUGGUAUUCUCCGUUCCACCUUUCUAUCCAAACCCCUACCCAUUGAAGGGAUGCCAGAAUUCUACAAGCACAUACAAUCUCUCAUCACCCCUACAAGUGUCUCAGUGGCUCCUUGGUUCUACCUUUCUGCCUCACCCUACACUCUUUAUUCGUUUCUCAGUAAGUUCCGACAGGAAUACUAUCCUCAAGGAACCAUGAUAUUGCGAGAUGCGAAUUUUUUGAAUCUAGCCGGAUUACUCGAGACAUUAACUGAGGGUACGCAAGAAUACAAAGUUGAUAGGAUGGAAAAGAUCCAUAGAUGGUUGCCGAAAAGAAAGAUGAUUUGUGUGGGAGAUAGUACGCAGAGUGACCCAGAGGCUUACGGCGAGAUGUAUCGAAAGAAUCCAACCUGGAUCAAGCUAAUCCUCAUUCGUAAAGUAACAGACAUUGCCGCGAUCGGCAUCAUCGAGAAAAACGAGCCGGAAAGAUUCGAGAAAGCUUUUACUGGGAUUCCAAAAAGUGUGUGGAGAAUCUUUGAGAAUCCGGAGGAGUGUUACAACGUAGUUGAGGGGUUGAUCAAUGAAGUGGCAGCCUAA